AUGGCUGAUAUCGAAGCGGCUAUCCGAGGGCAGGUCUCUGACUACAGGAGCCAGCCCAUUGAAGGAAAAGCGACCGGCCGUCCAAGUUACAAUAGAGUGGUUCUCAAUGCCGUGUACCCGGAGAAGGAGCAAGGUAUUUUAAUUGAAGGCAAAGACCACGGCACACCUCUCGCAAGUGCUGUAUGUCUUGCAACGGAACCACCUGAAAUAAAAAUUAAAAAAUGCACUGAAAAAUAUCAAAACGCUGCCUUUGAUGAUGUGAAAAAGGAGCCUAAUCAUGACAUGAAGUGCAUUGUUCAGUGUGUGAUGGAAUCUCAGGAAAUGAUGUCUGGGAACAAUAUCGAUCAUGACGGUAUAAUGAAGAGCUUGAAUGGAGGACCUGCGUCAUCCGACAAAUGUGAAACAGCAUUCAAGUAUCAGAAGUGUCUUAUGGCUACCAUUGCCAAGAAUAUAAAUAUGCCUCCUAAACCUUCCCGACCAACUUAACCAGAAUGCAGAGAAAGAAGACACAUUAAGUGAAAUUAAAUAGUAUAUAAUUUAGUAAAUUUGUAAAAAUUUGACAAGAAAUUAAAUAAAAAUUGUGGCCGGCAGGAGGGAAAAUUCUGCUGAAGAAAAUC